AGAGUUCUACAGGAGAGGGGUGGGGGGGGAAUUCAUCAAUGAAGUUGCAACCAUUGGACUAAUCCACCAUGAAAAUAUCGUACGCCUCUUGGGCUUUUGCUCCGGAGGAAUGAGACGGGCCCUUAUUUAUGAAUUCAUGCCUAAUGAGUCACUGGAGAAAUACAUAUUCACACAUGUUUCUAAUAUUUCUCGACAACUCCUAGCACCCAACAAAAUGCUACAUAUUGCUUUAGGCAUUACCCGAGGAAUGGAAUACAUGCAUCAAGGCUGCAACCAGCGGAUUCUCCACUUUGACAUCAAGCCACACAACAUCUUGCUGGACUACAACUUCAAUCCAAAGAUCUCAGACUUUGGCCUUGCAAAGCUGUGUGCAAGGGACCAAAGCAUUGUUACGCUCACAGCAGCCAGAGGAACUAUGGGAUACAUCGCACCGGAGCUAUACUCUCGGAACUUUGGAGGGGUGUCAUACAAGUCAGAUGUGUACAGUUUUGGCAUGCUGGUGUUGGAAAUGGUGAGUGGAAGGAGGAACUCAGACCCAAGUGUUGAGAUCCAGGACGAGGUAUACCUCCCUGAGUGGAUCUACGAGAAAGUGAUUUCUUGGCGGGAAUGGGAGCUUACUCUGGAAAUGACAGCAGAAGACAAAGACAAGAUUAGACAGCUGAGUAUCGUGGGGCUGUGGUGCAUCCAGUGGAACCCAAAGAAUAGGCCGUCGAUGACGAAGGUGGUAAACAUGUUAACUGGGAGGCUGCAGAACCUGCAUAUUCCCCCCAAGCCCUUUGUGUCGUCUGAUAAUCGUCCCAUGCCACAAAACACAACGAACACAUGAACACGCAUUGUGUGUUAUUGUGUGUAUCAUUACACGUUUGAGGGAACAUAACUCGGAUCUGCGUCGUAAAGCGUAAUGCCUUGCCACUAGCUUGCCCAGUGUUCGAUUACAUACUGAACUACAUGGGAUUCUACGGUACUGGCAAUACUGCAUCUGUACCUUACCAUAUUGUAAUGCUAUUAAUUAGAAACAUACGGCACCGGAUCUUGCAGCCAUUUCCUGACAGUGAUGUGAUAUAGUAAAUCUUACCCAGUCAUUGCUGUGAUUUUAUCCCCUUUUCCCCAUAAAUGAUACCGUAAGCUCUUUCUAAUACAGAGAUGCGCAUAUAGGCUGCUUAUUCUAGAAAAAGACUUCCAUGAUUACUUACUAGUAGAAACUCAGCAUUCCUGUUCGGAAAUCAAAAGGAGAGCAAAGGGGAUUACCGUGGCAGAUAGCUUCCGCUGGAGUCCCGGUGAGACGCGAGCGAGGCGGUGUGCCGGAGUAAGACGAGGAGCUCGCCCAGCCGGCGGAUAAUGUGAGCGGUACCUGGGCGAGCUCGACGGCCUCCGGCUGGCAGGCACGGCUCGACUGCGGCGCCGACCGCCGGCCGCCGCCUAGGG